CGUCGCGGCGUCGCCAAGGCAGCCCCAGCAAGUGCGCGGCUGGAGCCAAAAUUGCACCUCGCCAUCCAUCCCGCAGGCCGCACCGGCCGCACCCGAGCUGUGAUCGCGCGGGCUAGGCAGCUGUGCGUUCUUUGUACACGUCGCUGGGCAACCCGAACAACACCAGCAAGAACCCCGCGCUGCUGCGGGUGGACGAGUCCGGCGCCCAGCUGUACGGCCCGGCCUGGCAGCUCCAGGACGGCAGCCUCGAGCGGGAUGGCCGACACUAGCCGGGGCAGCAACGCCGCCGACGGGCUGGCACGCGCGCUGCGUGCGUCCCAGGUUGUGGCCGAGGUGGUGGGCGUGGCGUUCGGGCCGGCGGGGCGCGGCGUCAUGGUCCAGGGCCCCGCCGGAGACAUGGCCAUCACCCGCGACGCGAUGAACAUCCUGGAAGCGGUCUUCAGCCCCGAGAGGUCGUCUGACCUGGGCUGCGAGGAAGUGGUGCUGCUGCAGAGCGCGCGCUCGCUGCGCCAGCAGGCGGGGGACGGCGUCAAGUGCAUGCUGCUGACGGCGGGGGUCCUGCUGCACCACCUGCAGCGCCUCCGCGGCGUCGAGCUGGCCAAGGCCCGCCUCGCGUUGAACCGCGUCGGGAUGGCGCUGUCCAACUCGCUGCCCCGCGGCGCCGCGGUUCCCGCCGUGGACGCGACGUCCGUGGUGGAGUCCGUGCUGGCGACGCGGUUCACGCGCGAUGUGGCGGCGGCCUUCCUGCCCGCGGCGUCGUCCCUGCUCCGCGCCGUCGACGACGUCCAGUUCCUGAGGAGGCACCUGCCGGUGCUGUGCCGGCGGCGCCAGGCCUCGGGGCACAGUGUGGCGGACUCGCUGCUGCGCGACGGCCUGGUGGUGGACUCGUCCACGCUUCACUUCGUGGCCGAGGGCCGCGUGGAGCGGCGCCGCGUCGUCGUGCUGGCCGGGGACGGCGGCGACGACGUGCUCGACGUGCAGGCCGCCGUGACCGCUCUGCUGGCGGACGUGGCGGACGUGAGCGACGUGCUGGUCGUGACGGCCGCGGCGCUCAGCGACGUGUCGCUGUUCGCGCUGCGCCUGCGAGGCGCCGCGGUGCUGCACUGCGUCCCCGAGGAGGACGAGCGCUUCCUGAUGGAGCGCCUGUUGGACAGCAAGGACGACCUCGUCGUGGACGUGCGCGUCGAGCACCGCGGCGCCGCCUGGCUCGGCCUGGACGGCGUGCGGCAGCUGCAGGUGCACGCCCCCACCCAGCAGCUGGCCAACGAGCUGGGGACCGCGCUGCGCGACGCCGUGCAGCUGCUGUGCUUCGCGAACAGCGUGCGCGUCCCGGGCAGCGCGCUGUGUCCGGGAGGAGGCUGGCUGGAGAGGGAGCUGCACCGGGCCCUGGGAGGGACUCCUCUCGGCCGCGACGAGCUCCUUGUCUGGCACCAACAGCAACGCGAGAAGAGAGAGCCGCCUCCCGUCGUUGCCCAGCUGGUGGAGGCUUUCCAGUGCGUCCGCGAAGAGGACGCGGUCUUCAAGGCCUUGGUCGAGGCCGUGGCCGCCGUGCCCCGCGCCUUGCUGCGGCAACACCCCCUCCAGCCGCCCCCAGAACCUGUGGCGCUGCGCGUCGCCGUGCUGCAGCAUGCCGUGGCCGCCGUCAACACCUUCCUGUCCGUGGACCACGUGUUAGCGGCUAAAAGAGCUCCAUCUCGCAUCCCUUGAAUACUCAGACUGUUCCAUGUAUUUUUAUUUCUAUAAAUAUUUGAUUUAUUGAUCACCGUCAAAUACUUUUGAAGAAAAGGCUGAUCUUUUAGGCACUUUGUCAAUUAUUAGUGUGUAAGCGGAUGCUGGUUGAUGAUUUUAAUGCUGUUUGGCGUUUGUCGGACUGUGCCUCUGGUUUUCCGGGUCCAUAAUGGCGGCAACUUUCUCCUGCCGCGUUACAUUUAAAUUAUUUAAAUUCUGUAGUAUCGAUAACAAAUAAUUCAGGCACGAAUCUCCUUCGUUUUUUUUUUUUGUUUUUUUUUUUAAUGACUUUGUGAAGUUUUGGGUUUUGUGGAUGCGUCUAACUGCUUUCUGUAACUGUCUUUCAAAUCUGACGUACUUCUACAAAAUCCAUUCCCUCUUUUAUUAUUCCUUCCUCAAGCAAGUGUGGAGGAUCGUCCUGUUGUACAAUCUCCACUGACGUUCGACAACUCAGAAGAAGAAACCAAAGAUGAGAUAGAUCUCUUCUUUUAUUGUGAUGUACUUAAGGCUUUAGUUGCCAUCGGGGUAUUAUUGCCUCGGUCCAAGAGGAGAGAGGGGGAGAGGAGAUUCUAUUGCGAAUAACGGAGCGAAGCUGGAAACUUCAGAGGAAGUGAAAUGAUUUUUGUUACCAUCUCCUCUACGACUCUUAUUUGUCUUGGUGCAGGGUACUUUGCAAUUAGAUCAAUUCCUGACACGAAUUGAUGCUGUAAUAAAGUUGUACAUUCUAUGAUUAAAAUUUAAAUCUUAAAUCAA